AUGAAUCCACAGCCGAAAGGAUCGGUAGCAGACAAUUCCUUGGCUAGCCAGUAUCUAUCAGACCACCAUCUAGAACUGACGCCAGAUGGACAGUAUAUCCGUUGGCACCGUGACAACCCAGCUCAUCCACGGAAUUGGUGUAUAUUGCGGAAAUGCUUCGACACAGGGCUCAUCUGUCUCCUAGAUUUUAUUCUAUUCUUGCUUGGCCAGGUAAUCGGGACAAUUGUCUUACCCCCUUGGUCUGAAACAUUUGGGCGCAAAAGACUCUAUCUUAUAAGCAGUGCUUUAAGUUCAGUUUGCUGUGUGGUAGUAGGCGUUCCACACUCCCUUGCCGCAGUGAUUAUUGGACGCGUAGGAACUGGGAUGCUCGCUGCCAUCCCUUACACCGUUGGUGGUGGAAGUGUGGAAGACAUGUGGUCUUCUCGACCACGGAUAUGGGUCAUGUUCUUAUGGACUAUUGCAUCCAACCUCGGCUUAUGUAUUGGGCCUAUCAUGGGCACAUAUGUUAGUACUUUGUUGAACUGGAGGUGGCUCUUCUAUAUCUAUGCGAUGACCAUAGGGGUCAUGAGUGUCCUGUUCAUGUUCAUCCGGGAAUCUCGACCAUCUCUUUUGCUUACACGAGAAGUUGAUAGACUUUGUCAGCUCACCGGAGCAAGGUUUCAAGCCUUAAAUCACGAUCACCACCCCGACCUUCGCGCCUUUCUCAAGGUUGCUCUAUUCCGACCUGCGAUUCUCUUCUUCCGAGAGCCAUUAGUAUUCAUCAUAUCCGUGAUGGUAGCUUUUGCAUUUUCUCUUCUCUACAUCUUCACGGAAGCGUUACAGCCUAUUUAUCAAACAAUAGGCUUCACUCGAACCCAAUCCUCCUUGGCCUUUCUCGCCAUAGCAUGCGGCAUUUGGUUCAGCACGCUCACACGACUCCUCGAUAAUCGGGUCUUUGAUACUCGCCGGCGCAAGAACCUACCCUUCAAGCCCGAAGAUAAAUUGUUAGGCCUUGCCAUCGGUGCUCCAGUGCUGGCGGUUAGUCUAUGGUGGUUCGCCUGGACUAUUCCACCAAAGGCUUCCAAUACACACUGGAUAGUGCCAUCAAUUCCUCUGGCAAUGAUGGGAUAUGCGUUGAAUGAGUUCGAUACUGUACUUUACUGCUACUUAGGGGAUUGCUACCUGAGCUACUCAGCCAGCGCUACGGCUGCUGUGGCCUUUCUCCGCGCCUUACUAUCCGGGGUAUUUCCAUUGUUUACCAAACAGAUGUUCGAAGGCCUGACAGCAAAUGUGGCCGUUUCAGUCCUUGCUGCCCUCGCAACAGUGUUCUGUAUCGUCCCGCCGCUAUUUAUAUUCUAUGGUGAGCGCAUCCGAGAUCGAAGUCCGUUUGCUAAGCAUAGCGUAUUGAUAGCGGCGGAGCUUGGAAAUAAGGAAGAGGAUUAUUGA